GGUGUCACCGAGGGCUACAACGGCACCAUCUUUGCCUACGGCCAGACAGGCAGUGGGAAGUCCUUCACCAUGCAGGGCCUGCCGGACCCCCCCUGCCAAAGAGGCAUCAUCCCGAGGGCCUUCGAGCACAUUUUCGAGAGCGUCCAGUGUGCAGAGAACACCAAGUUCCUGGUCCGGGCCUCCUACCUGGAGAUCUACAAUGAAGAUGUCCGUGACCUGCUGGGCACUGACACCAAGCAGAAGCUGGAGCUGAAGGAGCACCUGGAGAAGGGGGCGUACGUGAAGGGGCUCUCCAUGCACACGGUGCACAGUGUGGCCCAGUGCGAGCGCGUCAUGGAGACGGGCUGGAAGAACCGCUCGGUUGGCUACACGCUGAUGAACAAGGACUCCUCCCGCUCCCACUCCAUCUUCACCAUCAGCAUCGAGAUCUACGCGGUGGAUGAGCGGGGCAAGGACCACCUCCGGGCAGGCAAGCUGAACCUGGUGGACCUGGCAGGCAGCGAGCGGCAGUCCAAGACGGGUGCCACGGGGGAGCGGCUCAAGGAGGCCACCAAGAUCAACCUGUCGCUGUCGGCGCUGGGCAACGUCAUCUCGGCCCUGGUGGACGGGCGCUGCAAACACAUCCCCUACCGGGACUCGAAACUGACGCGGCUGCUGCAGGACUCGCUGGGCGGCAACACCAAGACGCUGAUGGUGGCCUGCCUGUCGCCCGCUGACAACAACUACGACGAGACCCUCAGCACGCUGCGCUACGCCAACCGAGCCAAGAACAUCAAGAACAAGCCUCGCAUCAACGAGGACCCCAAGGAUGCCCUCCUGCGCGAGUACCAGGAGGAGAUCAAGAAGCUCAAGGCGAUUCUGGCUCAGCAGAUGAGCCCCAGCAACCUGUCAGCCCUGCUGAACAAUCAGGUGCCCCCAAACCCCGUCCAGAUUGAAGAGAAGCUGUUGCCCCCAUCUGUGAUCCAGCAUGACACGGAGGCCGAGAAGCAGCUGAUCCGGGAGGAGUACGAAGAGCGCCUGGCCCGGCUGAGGGCCGACUAUGAGGCAGAGCAGGAGUCCAGGGCCCGGCUGGAGGAGGACAUCACUGCCAUGCGCAACUCGUACGAUGUGAAGCUGUCCACACUGGAGGAGAACCUGCGCAAGGAGACAGAGGCUGUCCUGAAGGCAGAAGUCCUCUACAAGGCCGAGGUCAUGUCCAGGGCUGAGUUCGCCAGCAGUUCUGAGUACUCACCUACUUUCCAGUACAAGAUGGCCGUGAAACCCGAGAUCUACUCCAUGCCUGGCACCCUGCCCAGUGAGGGUGUCUUCAAGACUGAGGUUUCUUCCAGGUUUGAGGAACUGCCCAAGGUGGAGGCCUCUGAGUCGGAGGUUUCUCUUGGGUCUGAUGAGUCUUCCACGCUCGAAGAAAAUUUCAUCUCCACGGCUUUCCCUGGGCCCAGGGAGCACUCCAGCCUGGAGGCCCCUGUGCCCGAGGUGGAGGCCCCGAGUGGACACUUCCUGGAUGAGGAUGUCAGCCGGAAGGCCACGGAGCCCCUGUGGGAGGAGGAGCCCUUCCUCCAGGGAGAAGAGCCCCACCUGAGGGCCCUGGAGCUACUUCCGGGCCUGCACGACCCAUUUGCCGAGGUGGAAGCCAAGCUGGCCAGGCUGUCCUCCACGGUGGCCGGGCUGGACGUGCCCCAGGCAGACGUACCCAAGGUCGCCACACAGCACCCCUCCCGGACAGAUCUGCUGGAGCCUGGUGACCUCAGGUCUGAAGCUGAGGCGGCCAACGACCUCCUGCCCAGGACUAGAACACAACGGGCCAAGGGCAGUGGGAGGAAGGCUUUAAAUCUGCCCACAUUUGUGGAGAGAGAAAGCGAUCUGCCGGCUUCUGGACCUGAUCUCUGGGAGGUUGACCUGGGCCUGGGAGUGACCGAGGAGGUGGUGUCGGCAGCAGAGCCCAGUGUGGGAGCCGAGGGUGAAGCCCAGGUGGCCUUGGAGGCUCAGCCUCAGUCUCUGCUGGCCAUGACAACUGCGAGAAGGGACAGUAUGGAGGUGGCAGUGCUGACCGAUGACCUACUGCCCACUGUGGACCAGCAGCAGGUGCUUGCCCGCUUGCAGCUGUUGGAGCAGCAGGUGGUCGGGGGGGAGCAGGCCAAGAACACGGACCUGAAGGAGAAGCACAGGCGGCGGAAGCGGUAUGCAGACGAGCGCAAGAAGCAGUUGGUGGCGGCCCUGCAGAACUCGGACGAGGACAGCGGGGACUGGGUGCUGCUCAACGUCUACGACUCCAUCCAGGAGGAAGUGAGGGCCAAGAGCAAGCUGCUGGAGAAGAUGCAGAGGAAGCUUCGGGCGGCAGAGGUGGAGAUCAAAGAUCUGCAGUCAGAGUUUGAGCUAGAGAAGAUCGAUUACUUGGCCACCAUCCGUCGGCAGGAAUGUGACUUGAUGCUCUUCCAGCAGCUCUUGGAGCAGGUGCAGCCCCUGAUUCGCCGAGACUGUAACUAUAGCAACCUGGAGAAGAUAAGGCGCGAGUCCUGCUGGGAUGAGGAUAAUGGCUUCUGGAAGAUCCCCCAGCCCAUCAUCCUAAAAACCAGCCUCCCAGUAGUUUCAACAGGGCUACAGAACAGAUCAGCCCGCAAAACCUCCACAGCGGACAAUGGUGAACCAGGCACGGAGGAGGACCGCUACAGGCUGAUGCUCAGCCGGAGUGACAGUGAAAACAUUGCCAGUAACUACUUCCGGCCCAAGCGGGCCAGCCAGAUCCUCAGCACGAAUCCCAUGAAGAGCCUCACUCAUCACAGCUCGCCGCCAGGCCUCAGCUCCCCACUUGGCAACAGCUCUGCCAUCCCACCCACCCAGGCCCCUGAAAUGCCCCAGCCUCGGCCCUUCCGCCUUGAGUCCCUUGACAUCCCCUUCACCAAGGCCAAGCGUAAGAAAAGCAAAAGCAGCUUUGGCGGUGAGCCUCUGUGA